UAUCGUGUGCCGUUGGCUUAAGACAGAGAAAAAGUGUUCUUAACUCUUCUCUCUCUCUCUCUCUCCCCCCCUCUCUCUCUCUCUCUCUCUCUCUUCCCCUCCAGUUUGCUUUUACUAUGUCUAUACUUUGGUUUACACCAAUCACUUGACACGCCUAUGAAAUAGUGUAUUCCAGACGAUCAACCAAUGACAAAAUCCAUUUACUAGUCGUUUGCUAUUCGAUACGCGUCUGGAACUAUUGAUGUAAACUAGGCCUAUGGUAACCGAGGACUUUUCUCGCUUGGCUCGGGAGCCGCGGGGAGCGGGACAGGCGGCGCCGCUCCUGGCGAGCUGGCGCCAGUGGUGGGGGGCGCUGGGAGGUCUCUCCGAAGUUAGAUGGUAGAUAGGCGAGUGCGAGGCACUCAGUCGCGUUUGACCUGCCGUAAGGUGAGUUGCGUACGCACAAGUCUGCCGGCUGACCGUGCGCGUGUCUAUACGAGAGAGAGAGAGAGAGAGAGCGAGUAAAGUGCCGAAGUUCGCGUACGCGCCGAGAAUGAAAUUCAUCCUUCGCCCGAUACAAUACGACAGUGGCAGCAGAGGCAGCAACCGCGACGUCUGUGGUAAUAGUAGUAGUAGUUGUAGUAGUUGCGGUGGUCACGGCAGUACAUCGGUUCGACGCGGCGCCAUAAGUGACAGUGAGACUAGAUUGCACGUGAGGUCGCAGAUACGACAGGACCACCGGAUAUUAUAAUAAGCGCUUCCGUCUUUUCUUUUCCCUCGCUGCCUUAGCGAACGCGCGCAGAACACACACAACGUACGUCUGGUACUCGCAGGACUUGACGGAGAGGGCCCCGACCGACUCGCGGGUGUCGCACGCGUGCGGGCCACGCAAGAGUUUUUUUUUUCUUCUUUUCUACGCUCGCGACAGGCGUCGGGUUGCGCGGAGCUACGGGGGGACAGAGGCCGCAGUAAAUAGGGCGCGCGAGAGAGGAUCCCGGGGGAGGGAUACGGCGACGGAGUUCGUAUCGCGACUGGAGUGUCUUCCCGCUCGGAUCCAAGUGAUUCCAAGUGAAGUGAGCGCUUAUAUCGGAUAAUUGCAAGUUAAAACUGUUGGUGCCGGCUUGUGCACGCGGUGUGUGUGUGUGUGUGCCCACCCCCACGUUCGAGAUACACUCACGAGGACCCUUACCGAGACAGAAAUGGAGACGACUAUGCUGCUGCCCACCCUGCCCUCGAUUGGGCAGUCGUGCGACCCAAGAACGCGCUACUUUACAAAAUUAAUCGAGUUAUAUGACGAAAGAUAUAAUAAGUUAUAUGACGAUCGAUCGCUCGCGAUCGACUGUUUGACCAAUGUGUGCAAGCUCGGUGCCGCCGAUGUGCUUGCGCAGCUGCACGAUCUGAAGAAGGAUCUACGGAAGCAGGGCGAUCUGCGAGAUCAGUACAGGCAGAUAAAUGGCUUGGACGAAUCGAAUUACAAGUCGCAGCAAGCUACGAGUCUUCCCGGAAAUGAAGCACUCUGGGUUUCAAACAAUGAGGUACAGAUCCAGCAGCAGCAGCGGCUGCAGCAGCAGCAGCAGCAGCAGCAGCAGCAGCAGCACAGCACAGCAGCAGCAGCAGCAGCUCAACAAUUGAAGCAGCAAAUUGAGCAACAGCAGCAGUUGCAACAGCAGCAGUUGCAGCAGCAACAGUCGCUGCAGCAGCGGCUGAUACCGGAGUCGAAGCCCGAGCUAAAGUCGCAGCCAGAGUCGAAGCCAAAGUUGAAGCUGGUGCUGGAGCCAGAGCCGCAAACGAAGCAAGAACAGCUAUGGGAAUCGAAACCUAGGCCAUAUUUGUGUCCAUGGAUAUGGGACGAAUUUAACUUCGAACCGACGAAAGAUGUACAGCAACAAGAUACCGCGACGAUUGAUGAAAGAAGGUGGCUAGGAGAACAGUCCGAUGAAGAAGAAGAUGUCAUUAAAUAUCUGACUUCUAAUCUAGCAGUAAUGUGGUGCACAACUGCAUACGGGGCAAAGUCUGCAAAUAAAAACGAGUUUAUUCACCAACAAAAUUCUACAUUCAACAGAAGUCUUCUAAAAUCGCAACAAAAAAAUUCCCGGUCGAAGGAAGACGAUUUCCUGCUCCUCUCUGCCAAGGACAAGGACGAGUAUAUCAAAAGGCAGUUGUUAAAAUUUGCGUCACCUCGUGGCAUAGGGCCACUACAACUUGCCGAUAUACCGUACAAAGAGGUGAAGCGGCGGCAGAGAGACUACUGGCGAGCGAGAGGGGUAGAUUAUUCGGAUUAUUCGAGUGAUUCGGAUGAUUCGAGUGAUUCGGAUGAUUCGAAUAAUGCCUCGCUCUGCCAGCACAACAUCGAGGAAACGCUUGGGAGCUCGACGACCAGACGGAGUCGGAGGGAACCUGCGAACGGCUCAACACCCAGCCAACAGCAGGCCGAUAUCCUGCGAGCUUCCCACACUGACCAUUGCUACCACCUGAACGAGCCGAGGAGCGUAGACCGGCUGAAUCAGGAGUCAGAGUCCGAUGAUGAAGAGAUCGAUGUGGUCACGUUCCCAAGGCAGUCAAACACGCGAGUUCAGCAAGGUAGCGUUGCGAAUCCAGGACCCUCAACUUCAAAUGACACCGUUUACCGUCGACCCCGUGGCAGACCACCAGGUUCUUCAAAACGGAAGAAAGACGAGCAGGACGAUAAAGAAGCUGGCCCCGCGCCGAAACGUGGCCGCGUGCAGAACAAUCAACGUCCAGCAUCACCAACAAGAAGACGACGGAGUUGCAAUCAAGUUGUGCAAAAUCAGAACGUAAAUCAAGUCGAACAUCAAGACGAGCGUGAACAGAGACGAGCACAGCACAAUGAUUUGGAACGACAGCGGCGGACAGCCCUCAAGAAAGAACUCUUCGCGUUAAAACGCGAGAUACCGGAUCUUAUGAACCUUCCGAGGGUGUCAAAGGCAACCAUUCUGACCCGUUCAGUGAUUUAUAUUAGGCAAAUCGUCGCUGAGCAACAGACUUUGGACAUAACUCUUGAGAGAAGGAAGAGAAUACUCCGGGCACGCCAACUGAAAAUCCAGGCGUUCAGAAAUGCUAAAGAGUGAGGUUUUUGUCCCAGAUAUAGAAAUUAAAACGACCACGCAUCCAUCCAACUCCCCGCAACGUAUGCGACAUAAAUUAAACGAAAUACAGAAUUUGCCGCAGAUGUCUUAAAAUCGCAAAGCUCUGGUAUGUAGUAAUUAUUUUUUAUUGUGGAUACAUAUCCAUUUCUCAUAAUCGUAUAGUGUAACAACACAACAUAGCACGCAUUUUUAAAAAAUUGAUAUUAUUAUCAGAAAAAAAAAUUAUUAGUUGUGUUGUUGGGAUUAGCGUAAAAUUUAUUACAAAAGUCGGAAAUUCCGAUUUGCUUGAUGAAAAAAAGACAUACCCUUCUGGUUUCGUUUCGAUUGGCACAAAGAUAUUAAUUUUAAUAUCUUCUUUUUAACAUCGCGUAUAUUCAUAGCGAUUCACACUCCACCUUUUGCCGACGUCCUUGCACGACUUAUUGCACGUCGGCGAGUCAUCGACGAAUGUAUUUUAAUUUUCGCCGCCCAGAAAAGAGCGGAUUGCUCGAGCAGAGUCCUUCUGCUUCGCGUCUAUUUUUUACUUUUACACUCGAAAUUCAGUUCCCUCUCUCGCCGUAUCUCGUUAACAAGACUUGUCACAAUUAAUGUCCAGAUCUCUCAAGGCUUGGAUCUCAUUUACCGCAUUGCAAAUAACAUCCUCUACGAAUAAGUCCAUUUUACGGAUGUAAUUAAUGUCCGGUUUAAGCUGAUGAUAUUUUUCCUUUCUGCUUUCUCGCGAUUUAAUUCCCGCCAGGCGACGGUCUAUCGAGUGACAAUGAUUGCGCGGUAUUGAAACUCCGCGAAUUUAGCAAAAUUAUCGACAUGAUUUAUGUAAUUAAAAUUCGAUUCGAAAUUAAUGAGUCAGUGAGGAUAUAAGAAACGUUUUCUUAUUCAAGUUUUGGAAAAGAAUCGCCUGCCAAGUGAUGAGACGGAUAUUACCUAACACCCUGUAUAAAGUUCAUGCAAGAAGCGGUUAGAACCGGUCCGAGUCCGAAACGCGUCCUAAGAUCGACGAACCGGCAGUCAGGUUGCUGGGCAAUAUCAUGAUAGGGAGAGAUUCGGACAUUGCCUCGUUAACGAAAUACGGCGAUAAUCAUGAAUGAGAAGUCAGCGUGCCAUGCGCAGACAAUACGCGCGCGAGCUAUUAUGAUUAUGUUUCUUAUGUGUACAGUUUUGAGUGUGCGAUGUGAGUACAUGGUACGUGUAUCAUAAUCGCUGUUUUAUACAGUCCCAUCGCUUUUAUAUAAAUCGUGCAAAAGCUAACAUCGUGCGAUGUAGCCAUCUUAAUUUAAGAAGUUCGCGGCGCACGAUGUUACGGCAAACUGAAACCUAGAACAAUGAGAGUGCGCGCAAAUAUCAUACUAUAAUAACUGUAAUAAUAUUAAUCGUUACUUAUUCGCCGUCAGAACAGCGGUAUCAUUUUUUACUUUUGCUGUAAGUUAUAAAGUUAUGACAGUUUAAAGUUGCAGAAAUUAUAAAAGUUAUUGAGUUAUCGUACCUAAAAAACGAAAGGUACCUAAUGUCCUAUUUACAUUUCUACCAAUGAAAGCAAUCGGUCAGUUAAGGAGGGUGGUUGCUGAAAUAAAAAUGAUAAAAAUGAAUUUAAAUUUCUAGAAAAUAUUCGUCUAUGGGAAUCUGUCCUCCAUGCGAAAGUUCAAGACGAUUGUCUGCAUGGUUGUCGAAUAAUUAAUUAUUAAAGUUGUACUAUUGCACAUGGCCAACAUAGCAAAAGUAUUACGAUAUCUGUAAUUUAAUUCUCGAAAGCAUGUUAAAAAUGAUAAGAAUUUUAUAAAAAUAAGUGCAAA